AUCACAAACAAACAAACAUGGCGCCGCGCUGCACCGGCUCCGCGUUUCUGGCCGUCUUUGCGCCGAUCGCGGCUCUUUUGGUUGUGUUUUACGCAGCGGGCUCGCCUGUGACCUGGCGGACGGUGUCUCUGGCUGUUGUAACCGUGCUGGCGUCGCUGUGGCUGCGGAGGCUGCGGCGGCGGGACGCCGGGACUGACCGCCGGGUGUGUGUGCUGGUGUUGGGGGACAUCGGUCGCAGCCCUCGGAUGCAGUAUCACGCCUUGUCCCUCAGCAAACACGGAUUCAGCGUCACUUUUGUCGGGUUUUUGGAUACCAAACCUCAUCAAGACGUGCUGAGAGAGGAGAAAAUAAUGAUCGUCCCCAUCACAGAAGUGAGAGGUGUUCGAGUGGGACCAAAGAUCCUCACUUAUGUGACGAAGGUGAUCCUUCAGUGUCUGCAGCUUCUCCAUGUGCUGCUGAAGACGGAGACUCAGUCUCAUAUUCUAAUGCAGAAUCCCCCGGGCUUGCCCAGCAUCGCGGUAGCUUGGCUCGUGUGCGUCCUGCGAGGCAGCAGAUUCGUCAUCGACUGGCACAACUACGGCUACACCGUCAUGGCCCUGAGCCACGGCCCGAGGCACCCGGUGGUCCAACUGGCAAAGUGGUAUGAACACUUCUUCGGGCCGCUGGCCACUCACAACCUUUGUGUUACCAACGCAAUGAAGGACGACUUGCAGAAAAACUGGGGCAUCAGGGCGACGACUCUGUACGACAGACCAGCCUCCAUCUUCAGAGAAACGCCACUGAAGCUGCAGCACCAGCUGUUCAUGAGACUGGCCAACACGCAUCCUCAGUUCCAGAGCAAAGGGUCUGAGGACGUGAACGUGGAGAGGACCGUCUUCUCGGUUUGUGACCUCACUGAUGACACAGUGACCUUGAGGGCGGAGCGACCGGCGCUGCUGCUGAGCAGCACCAGCUGGACAGAGGAUGAAGAUUUCUCCAUCUUACUGAGGGCUCUUGAAGAGUACGAAGGUUUCGUUAAAGGAGGAGCCUCCCUGCCGUCUUUAGUCUGUGUGAUCACAGGUAAAGGUCCUCAGAAGGAACACUACAGGAAGCUGAUCGACUCCCUGCACUUAGACCACGUGACCAUCUGCACUCCCUGGUUGGAGGCAGAAGACUAUCCCGUCUUACUGGGCUCAGCGGACCUUGGCGUUGUUCACAAGUCGUCCAGCGGUCUGGACCUGCCCAUGAAGGUGGUGGACAUGUUCGGCUGCUGUGCCGUCUGCGCCAUCCACUUCAACUGCUUGAGCGAGCUGGUGAAGCACGAGGAGAACGGGCUGAUCUUCAGAGACUCGCAGGAGCUCGCCGAGCAGCUCAAGUCUCUCCUGUCAGGGUUU